UACUUACAACUCCAGACGCUAUUGUUGUAUAACAAAGGUUGCCUCGGACACAACAGAGACACAGAUUUCUCCAGGGUCACCUGCAGAUGGUCAGUUUUAUAUACAGGUCGGUCAAAUAAGUCCAACAACUAGGUCAGUUUAGGUCAACGGAAUGGCCGACCUGAAGAAGCUUUGCCUAUGGAUAACACACGUGGUACUUUAUACUGAAGCUGGUCCAUGUAUGAACGACCAGCACUGUUCAGACUGUGACAACACGACGGAACAUUGCCUCACUGAGUGUGACACGGGGUACUUUGAUCUGAAAUGUUUCUCUGUGUGCGAUGGUCACUGUAAUGGUAACCUGUGUAAUCAAUCUGCCGACGGUAGUGGACGGUGCACCGAGGGUUGUGAGCCAGGAUAUCAAGGUUCUCUGUGCAACAUACCAUGUGACAGUCCAGGAGGUAGCUGUACAGCAUGUCCAGGUGGUUGUGAUGGAGCAUAUUGUCAGCUGGGCUCAUCCUGUAUGUCUGGAUGUGUAGACUCCUACUACGGGACUGGCUGUAAGACAUGUUCAAGUGGAUGUACGUCAUGCAACAGGUCGACAGGGACAUGUGAUGAGAAAUCAGGUAUCACCGUGGAACUGGCUACAGCACUAUCUACAGGACUAGCUGUAGCCUCUCUCCUUUUCAUGGUAAUGGCCACUCUGGCUGCGUGCUGCAGUUACUGUCAACGUUUGAGAUCAGAAAGGUUCCAGCUGUACGUCACUCCCACCCAGGACAUGGACGUGUCCCCAGGGGCAGGAGAUGCUGCUCAGUACGAUGUCGUUGAUGAAGCAAAGAUGUACGACGGGCUCACCUGUGAGGGACAACCUGCUUCUGCCAGCUGUUCUGGCUGUGAGGGACAACCUGCCUCUGCCAGCUGUUCUGGCUGUGAGGGACAACCUGCCUCUGCCAGCUGUUCUGGCUAUGAGGAGUUGAGGUCGGUACAUAAGUAGAAUUCAUCAAGUGACCUGGAAAGUGCAGACACCGCUGUGAGCGAGAACGUGUCAGUUGAAGCUUUGUUUGUUUGUUUAACGCAGCAAUCGAGAACAUUCGAACUGUCUGGACCAGACAACUCAGUAAUCAACGUGAUGAACAUCGAUUAACGCAAAAUUAAUGAGAUACAAUGACAUGUGUCAGCGAUACCAACCGUUACCGGUAGACGCCUCUUACCACAAGCAAUGAAUGAUUGUACUGCGGUAAUGUUUUCAUGCAAACGGGGUUGGUAGUUUUGACUAAUGGUACAGGUAUCCCUGCUGUCCCUCGAUCAAACAACUCUGUAUGAUGUAGAGGAUGGGGGUGUAGACUAAUGGUACAGGUAUCCCUGCUGUCCCUCGAUCAAACAACUCUGUAUGAUGUAGAGGAUGGGGGUGUUUUCCUUUUAAACCGGUAUUCGGACAUAUAGCUCCGUGCCGAUUGGUUUCUUCAGAGCAGAUGGCUGUUUCAUUGUUGUAAAUAUUGUCUUUAAUUGGUUUUGUGAAUAAAUAGUGUAUUGCA